CCGCGCUGGAGCUGUUCCCGGAGCCGGCCUCACGCAGAGCCCAGGGGGGGCUACGGCUACACCACGCCGCUCUCGGACUCCGGCAAGGCCUUCUGCAUCUUCUACGCCCUGCUGGGGGUGCCCUUCACCAUGCUGGUGCUGACGGCCACCGUGCAGCGCCUGGCCCGGCUCUUCACCCACCGGCCCCUCGAGUACCUGCAGCUGCGGUCUGGCUACAGCCACCAGGCGCUGGCCCGGGCCCACUUCCUGCUGCUGCUGCUGGCCGUGCUGGUCACCUUCUUUCUGCUGCCGGCCGCCGUCUUCAGCACCCUGGAGGAGACCUGGAGCUACCUGGACGCCUUCUACUUCUGCUUCAUCUCGCUGUGCACCAUCGGGCUGGGCGACUACGUGCCGGGCGAGCAGCCCGGCCAGAAGCUACGGGCGCUCUACAAGGUCUCAGUCACCGUGUACCUGCUGCUGGGGCUGAUGGCCGUGCUGCUGGUCCUCCAGACCUUCCACAAGGCGGCCGACCUGCACGGCCUCACCGACCUCCUCCUGCUGCCGGCCGAUCAGCACAGCGACCAGGAGCCCAUCCUGGAGUCCGAGGGGACGCCGGAGGAGCUGGCCCCGGGCGCGAAGCCCCCACCUGCCAGUGCCCAGCUCAACACGGGCAGCCGUGCCAACUACUCCUCCAUCAGCAGAUAGCGUCAGCCCUGCCCUGGGUGCGGGCGCUGGCUGGCGCGGGGAGGGGGCUCUGUUUGCGGGGCAGUUCCCUGCAGGGACCGUGCCUGUGUCUGAAGCAGGCUCUGGCUUGGGCCCGGGCAGCGGGCGGAGUUGGGGGCUCUUGCACGGCUCCUGGCUGCAUGUUGUGGGGGAGCUCGCGCAGGGUUUUAAUCAACACGUCCCUGUUUUAAGCGGCCGUUCGCCCUGUUUUAUCCCAGGGCAGGUGCCUGGGACCUGCCCUGUUUCCCAGACCCACCCCAGGCAGCCCUGCCGAGCUGGGGACCCUUGGAGCCGGCUGCGCUGGAC